AUGGAUGCAUUGGCAUCUCUGAGAUUGAAGGUUUUGUCUUCAAAGAAGAAAAAGAAUGAUGACGAUAAAGAAGAUGGUGAAAUAGAUGAUAAUACUCCUUUACAGCAGCACCAGCAGCACCAGCAGCACCAGCAGCAACAUCAGCAACAUCAGCAACAUCAGCACCAGCAAUUUAGAAAUAAUAAUAAUAAUAAUAAUAAUAAUAAUAAUAAUAAUAAUAAUAAUAAUAAUAAUAAUAAUAAUAAUAAUAAUAAUAAUAGCAAUACAUCAUUUCAUCCUUUUCAUGGUGGUGGUAUGCCACCACUGCCACCUCCCCCACCUCCUCCUUUAAAUCAAUCAAACAACAAUAUUCAUAGUCAUCAUAAUUUAAAUCAUAGCCAUAAUCAUCUAUUUAUACAAGAUAGUAUCAUCGAUAAAGGACCCGUUGAUAUGGAUUUAACGAAUGAAUCUGAUAUCAAUAUGUUACAUCAUAUUCAACAACAACACAUAAUGCAACAACAACAACAGCAACAAUCAAAUCAAUUCUUUAAUCAAGGAUUUCCACAGAAUAUGUUGUUUAAACAAUCAAACUUUGUUACACCACUGCCUAUUCCACCACCUCCUUUCAUCCCACCACCACUGCCAUCUUUCCAACCUGGCAAUGGAAUGUCUUCACAGUUUAUUUCACCAACAAUGGUCGACAAUUUAAAUAUACAGCAACAAAUUCAACAACAACAACAGCAACAUCAACAUAUGAAUGGUUACCUAAAUGGAUCGAGCAAUAAUAUUAAUAGCAAUAAUAAUAUGAAUAUGAACAACAGUAACAAUGGUAUGAAUCAAGUCGAAAACUUACAAUUACAACAGUUGUUGCAACGACAACAACAAUUACAUUUAUUACAGCAGAUUCAACAGCAGCAGCAACAACAACAACAACAACAACAACAACAACAACAACAACAACAACAACAACAACAACAACAACAACAACAGCAACAACAGCAACAACAGCAACAACAACAACAGCAACAACAGCAACAACAGCAAAAUCAACAACUAGUUGGUGUUACACCAAAGAAACAAAAAUUAGAUAACAAGCGUGAUUUACCAUCACCACCUUCUACAUUGUCGGUGUCAGCUACUUCUCCUUCUUCUGUUACUCCACCUACAGUUUCAACUCCACCAAUAACGACGAUCACCUCUGUAAACAUGACAAAGAAAAAGGUAAAGAAAUCGAUAAAGGGAUCAUCUGGUUCUGUACCACCUGUAUUGAACAAGACAUCAGUUAUCAGUACAAACAGUAUUACACAACACAGCAAGAAUAUACCUAGUAUGAUUAUCAAUGUUGGUGAGGAAGAUACUGACGAUGAUAACGACGACCUCAAUCAUCGACCUCAAUCCAAUCAACAAACAAACAAUAGCAUCAGCACCGCCGAUCUGCUUGAAAAUGAUGUUAGCAACUAUGAGGUUGAAGCCGCCCAAACAGGUCAUUUUGAUAUUGCCACCGACGACUUGGUGGACAGCCUCGCUAUGGCAAAGAAGAAAGAGUACACCAGCGAGAUGGAGGAUCUGAAACGACAGAUCGCUGCCAAGGAAGAAGCUCUAUUGCGAAAGAAGUUGGAGGAGAGAAAGAAAUCAAAGUUAUCCACCACCAAUACACCAUCGAUGUCAUCAGUCGCCACCGAGCCAAGCGGGUUGUCGCCAAUGAAUACAGCACCAACCAACGCAUCUGCCACCCUUAUGCUCUCGUCAGACGACGGUUCUCAGUCCUAUGACAAUCACAACAACAACAACAACCACACAACCAAUAUAGCUAGCGAUAACAACAUCAAUAAUAACAGCAGCAGCAACGAUGCACCCUUUGAGAGUAUAGACAACAGUCCUCUGACGAACGACGCAUUGGCCGAAGAAAAGUCUGCUAUGAAAAAGUUAACAACCGAUCUUGUUGAAACCAAUCGAAUGAUGGUCAAGAGUGAAGGUGAGAUAUUCAGAAUCGAACUAGAGUUGGCCGGUGUCGAGUGUCACCGUAAGGAGUUGGAGAUAAAGAUCAACCAACUCAAGCAGACACUCGAGAUUUACCAAGCUGACUUGGAGUCAACAGAGAAACAAGCUGAGGAAUUCCAAUCCAAAUUGGAAUCACUACGAUCAACUUCUACUCUGUUACUCAAAGCAUACAACAACAAGAUUAAGACAAUCAAUCAAAAGAAACGUAAAUUCGAUGAACUAAGAGAAUCAUUCACAAUGGAUCCAUUUUUAUUGUCCGUAGUAGACAGAACAACCAACUCAAUCAUCCUAACUCCACACAAUCAGAAAAUAAUAGACGAAAUUUCAACCACCCCAAUUUUAUCACAUUCAAGAUUAUCUAGAUUUACCAACAACAACAACAAUAAUAAUAAUAAUAAUAAUAAUAAUAAUAAUAAUAAUAAUAAUAAUAAUAAUAAUCAUCAAUCUUUAAUAACUUCAACUUCUCUACCCUCCAAUACAACAACAACUACAUCAACCACAACAACUACUUCAAAUAAUAAUAAUGAUAUUAAUAGUCCAGAGUUAAAUAUUGUAAGUAGAACAGCUGAUGAUAGUAAUAGUUUGACAAAUGUUUCUAGACCUAAACGUGUUAUCUCGGUGGUAAUGAAUCCAUCUAUAAAGAAAUCUAGUAAUGUUAUAGAUUUAUUACUUCAGGGCAAAACAUUGGAUCAAUUUAUCGAUAGAAUGAUAAAGUAUAGUGAAAUCAUAGUGCUGCCUAAAGUACCAGCUGGUAGCGGUGAGGCUGAUUCAAUGGACAUAGACAAUGCACUCACAGUUUAUGUUGCCGAGCAGCCAACCUCUGUUUGGUGUAGCAAUGAUGGUUCCACAGAUUUACACAAACCCAUUAUGAAGAGUAUACUGCAUGGUGUAGUUCCCGAAAAGUUAGAGACCAUCUUGAAUCCGAUGACCAUCACCAAUACCUACGUCGGAAACAAGCCAAUGCCCAAAGGGAAAUACCAGUCGCCUCUUAUGUGUCUCCGAUCCUACCGAUUCUCCCAUACCUACACCAAGUUUUGUCCAUUUACACUGACCUCCUCUAUGUACUCGUCCAAGUUGAAUCCAAAGAAGAAACUCUGCAUGUAUGAACUUGAUGGUGUCUGCCGUGAUCCUAAAUGUACAUUCCAACAUCAACGUGAUUAUUCAAUGUCCAAUAAGGAAAUUAUUGAGGAUAUUAUUUCCUAUGCCAACGAUAAGGUAGUAGCUGUUCGAAAGGAAUGUAUGAUGUUGUUGGAUCAAAAGAAAGAGGAUUCAUUCCCUCAAUCAUUGAAGAAAGCAUUUUUUAAUGUGAUCACAGAGAACAAACAACUCAUUCUUCAAGUUGGACCAUCACGUCAGAAGGUAUUGGAUCAAAGAAAUCAACAGUUCUUGUCUGAAUCGAUUGCCAAGAGUAAAAAGAAAAAGAAGGAAGCUGUCGUUUAUCAACCAAUCAAUCGUUUGCCUCAGGUUCGCACUGUUGUCAGUUCAACGGUAGUAGAAAAACCAGAGACAGAAGACUUCCUCAACAUUGAGAAAUAUGUUGAGAUUGUCAGACGUGAGAAGCACAACACUUCUAAUUCACAUAAAGAUGAAAUGAGUGAUGAUGAAGCACCGCCUCCCUCCGUUCCGCUCAGCUCAACAACUCGAUCGAUCACCACUGGCGAUGACAAAUCAGCUGAAGAGCCUGUCGAUUCACAUUGUCAUGACUCGGAGGAUCCAAGAGUAGAAGAGUUGGUUCAUAGUUUUGGUGAGUUUGACGAGGAAGUCAGAGCUCGUUAUGGAGUCACCAACGUUAGCUCCAUCGAAUAUAUGUCGAAUCCAACAAGUCUGAUGCUCUGCUUUGGUUAUCUAUGCUCAUCGUCAGUCACAGACAUUCUCAACAACUCUGACAAACGACAAGAAAUCCUCGAUAAACUCUAUGACAUUGUCAGUCAUAAUCCACACUCUGAGAUCUUUUGGAAGAUCUACAUUGAGGUCUACUCUAGAAAGUACAGUAAUUCCUCUACAGAGAUCGACGAACUCAUCAAUGCCGCUCUCAGAACUUGCAACUCUAUUGUUCUGAUCUUGAUGAAGCUGCAACUACCAAACACUCUGAGCCAAAAGAUUUCUAUAGCCACUCAUACACUCACACAGAUCUUCAACAAAUCAGGACCAUUCGAAUCGCUUCCAGCGAAUGAACUGUCAUUCUGGUGUUUGGAGAUCAUUCUUACCUACUUGCGUGUCGUUCUUGAAGCUGGAUGGCGUGACUCACUCAUCAUGGACUUCCUUCUCUUCUUUGAGCUCGACAGUAGCAAGUAUGCAAAUGUGUUCAUGCCCAACUAUAACCAUUUCAAACAACGCGAACCAUUCCUUCCAACCAAUAGCAAUGACUUGGAGUCGACACUGAUGCCUCAAGAGCAGAGUUUUCUCAAGAUGAUAUUCUUCUCGUUGGUCGUCUUCAAUGAGAUACCAGAUGCCACUCAACUCUAUGAGAAUCAAUCGGUCAAUACGCUGGCGCCGAAGCUAUUCAUCAUGAAAUGGAAGUCUUACUUUGAUGGCACUGCCUAUCUUAAAGUGAGCAAAGAAUAUUCGGAAGCCAUUGAUUCAAUGUUUACUGAACUCAGUGAUGACACUGAAAACUAUACGUUGAAUCAUCUUUACUUCCAAUCAUAUGUAAUACCUCAGGAGAAGUUAGUUUUUUCGGUGCAAACCAACCUUAAACAACACCCAAAUCACACAAAGACUUGGUUGUUUUUAGCAAGAAGAUACAGAGAGGUUAACACUCUGAAAAAGGCACUCAAAAUCAAUCAGGAUUCAUUCGAACUAUUGAAAGAGUAUGUUGUAUCUUUAACUUUUAUGAAUAAUACUGUAAACGCGAUUGCAGCCAUCGAUAAUAAGAUAUUAAAACUAUUCUCAACAGAUAAGUCACAGGAACUAUUAAUUAAAGAUGAAAAGAUAACUACAAACUCAUUAUUUAAUAUAAUACUUGGUAGAAAUGAUUUAACUGUAUCUAUAAAUGCUCUGUCAAUGAAUUAUAAAACUAUAAAUGAAGAUCAAUAUGUACACUUUUGGCUAGUCUAUAUAAUUUAUUUAUAUUUACAAAAGAACUACAAUGAUAUUAUACCUACAAUGAAGCAAGCACUCACCCGUUUAACUUCGUUAUCCGAUAAGAAGUUACUCUAUUUAUCUAUCAAUUGUUUAAAUACACCAGAUAUAGAUUCAUUGGUUGAUCAAUAUUUCCAAGAGGUCCCAACUGAAUUCAACUAUCCACUGGAGAAGUAUCUAAAUAUGGUGCCACAUGAAACACCUCAUAUCUUUAGGAAUGCACUUAAACCACCAGUUUUAAAGGUAAGUUAUUGA